CCGAAAACAUGGCUGUCGACAAUAUUUUGGAAGAUGAAGAGGAAAACAUUUUGUAUGAUUUACUCAUAAAUACUGAGUGGCCGCCCGAGACAGACACACAGUUGAGGGGAUUCAAGGAGCAUGACUCGUCCUUGAUCGCCAAAGCAGUGACUGGUCCCUUCAGGUUCAUCCUUCACUACCUAUGGUACAGCCCCUCUAGUUCUUCACUGCCCCCAGGACUUGUGCGUCUGGCCACCAAACAGAUCAACUGGCAGCUGGUGUUGGCAAGUAAUGGGAAGCUGUUGGCGGUGGUUCAGGACCAGUGUGUGGAGAUCCGGUCUGCAAGGGAUGAUUUUGCCUCAGUCAUUGGGAAAUGCCAAGUGCCCAAGGACCCCAACCCUCAGUGGCGGCGGGUGGCGUGGAGCCACGACUGUGGCCUCCUGGCAUAUGCAGACAGCACCGGCACCGUCCGCGUCUUUGACCUGCACGGCAGCGAACUCUUCGUCAUCCCACCGGCGGUGAGUUUCCCAGGAGACUUCAGCUACGCGGCAGCUGGUCUUGUGUUUCUGGAGUACACGGCCAGUGCCCAGUGGUCCGCAGAGCUGCUGGUCAUAACCUACAGCGGUCAGCUCAAGAGCUACCUGGUCAGGUACGACCCCCAACCUUCAAGUAAUGGCACCAAUCAGGCAUUCCAAGAAAGCCACACCUUCAGUUUCUCUGCCCACUACACCAAUGGCAUUACCACGGCCAUCUACCACACAGGCCACAGGCUCCUGUUGGUGGGCGGCUGUGAGUCGAGCGACGACGGCAUCUCCCGGGCCGCCCGCUAUGGCCUGACCGCCUGGAGACUGUUGUCAGGGCAACCGCACUAUAAACAGGUCACCAGCUACGAGGACGACGUGGGAUCGGCUCAAAGGAGAGGUUUCUUCAGAAUCCCCAGCUUCAGGCUUUUCUCUCGACAAAGCAAUGAGAUGGAUGGAGUGUUCAGGAUGAGUCUGUCUCCAGACGGGGCUCUGCUGGCCGUGGUUCACUUCUCCGGCAGACUCAGUCUCUGGGACGUCCCCUCUUUCAAACACAGGGCCAGCUGGGAGCAAAGCCAACAGCCAGGAUUUGAUGAAAUCAACCCAGAGUGGAGGACCUCUCUGGAAAAGAGGAAAAAGAUAAAAGAUAAGGAGCAGUACGGUUCUCUGAUGGACGUGAGCUGGUGGAGUGCCGCUGCCCUCAUUCUGGCCCGCUAUUCCGGUUCCCUCACCGUCUCCUCCAGUAGAACCCUCCGGAACCUACUGGGGAAGUCCUGCGAGUGGUUUGAGCCAUCGCCCAGGGUUACGUCUGCUCAUGACGGAGGAUUCCUCAGUCUGGAGUGUGAGGUGAAGUUGGCGCCCAAGCGUGCCCGCGUGGAGGCCAGCAGCCCCGGGGCCGAGGACAACGACGACAACGGCGGCGGCGGCGGCGGCGGCGGCGAGGACGACUCGGACUCGGACGAGGAGGGCUCGGCGCGCGCGCGCUACUUCGGCUACGUCAAGCAGGGCCUGUACUACGUGACGGAGAUGGAGCGCUUCGCCCCGCCCAGGAAACGCCCGCGCGCCGUCCUCAAGAACUACCGGCUGGUCAGCCUCCGCUCCACCACGCCCGAGGAGCUCUACCAGAGGAAGAUUGAUAAUGAGGAGUACGGUGAGGCCUUGUCCCUGGCUCAUGCCUACAGUCUGGACUCUGAUCUGGUCUACCAGAGACAGUGGAGGAAGUCCACCGUCAGCAUCGCCUCCAUUCAGGAUUAUUUGAGCAAGAUAAAGAAGCGCUCGUGGGUGCUGCAUGAGUGUGUGGAGCGUGUGCCGGAGAACGUGGACGCUGCCAAGGAGCUGCUGCAGUACGGACUCAAGGGCACCGACCUCGAGGCCCUCAUCGCCAUCGGCAACGGAGAGGACGGUGGCAGGUUCAUCCUUCCGGGUGACGUUGAUGUAGAUGACACUCCGUAUGAAGACUUCCUUUCGGCUGAGGAGGAGAUGGACAGAAGAAAGGAGAAGGAACAGAAGAAGAGACAAGAGCUGCUCAAGAAAGUGGACUUCAGCAGGUUGACGCUGGAACAGAAGGAGCUAUGCCGAAGUCGUCUGAAGCUUCUCUGCUAUCUUGACAGGCUGGCCACCUAUGAGGAGAUAUUGGGCGGCCCUCACGCCGCCGAGGAGAGAUAUGAUGCUGAAUUCUUUAAGACUUUCCGCAGUCAGAAUAUUGUCCAGUCAGCAAGAAACUAUGCCAGGGAGAGCAACGUCCAGGCCCUGGACAUCCUGUUCACCUACCACGGGUCAGAGUUGCUGCAGCAUCGUCUGGCCAUCCUCCGCAAUUUCCCAGAAACCACCUCUCCGCACGAGUACACCAUCCUGCUCCCCGAGGCCUGUGUUGAUGAUCAGGGCAGUCUGGUAUGUAUUCCAUGGGAUGAGCGGAAACACAGAGACACAGACUGGUGUGAGGAGAGGGACUGCAGAUCACAGGUGGAGACCAACAUUCCUGAUGAGGAUGACUUCCUGUAUGUGGAGGCAGACCUUGAGAGGUUCCGCAUAGCGGAUCCACCAAUCAUACUCCUCACUGACUGGUACCUCACGCGGGCUCAAGAUAUUGAAAACAACUCCAGACAGGUGGACUGUGCACUGUCAUUGGUUCGUCUGGGGAAGGAGCGGGAGAUCCCAGGGCUGGAGCGCCUGUGUGAUGACCUGGUUACCCUGGAGACACUGGUGUAUGAGACGUCAUGUGACCUGAGCCUCAGCCUACGGGAAUUGCUGAAGUUGCGGGACAUUGACAAGCUCCGCCUUAUCAUGAAACAAUCCUCAGAGCAGAAGUAUGUGCGGAACUGUUUCCAGUGGAUGGUUCCCUUCCUGCAGCGCUGCGAGAGAGAGGCUGGGACAGGGGGAGGAGUCGAGGGCGGAGCCGAGGGUCCAGCCGCCUCCCUCCUGGGGGAGUACCUGGUGUCACUCGCCACAGAGGACCUGGCACGGCCCCUCAAGAUGUUCCAGCAGUCCAAGCCUGAUUGUAACCAGAAGAUCAUCUCGGACCCUGACCAGCUGAUGCGAGUGGCGCUGGACUGCAUCUACAGCUGUGAGAGGGACGACCAGCUGCCUCUGUGCUACGACAUCCUGGAGUGCCUUCCUCAAAGGGGAUACGGGCCAGAGACCAGUGUAACGAGAGACCUACACGAUCGAGUGGACCUGCUGGAGAAACACCUCAGUGUGGCGGAGGUGCUGGAGAAGCAUGGUCUGAGGAAGCCCAUCUCCUUUGUGAGGAAGAGCCAGAGCAGUGCAGAGGAAGCCCAUGAACUCAUGGUCAAGCUCACCAGACACGUGGGCCGCAGGGCCACACCAGUCAGUGAGAAUGAGUGGAAGAACCUGCUUCAGGACCUCUUGGAGAUGCAGCAGAGCGUUUACACGUGUCUCAAGCCAGAGAGCUGCCAGGAGGUCUUCACGGAGAGCCUGCUGUGUUCGGGGCGUCAGGAGACGGUCGCUCUGGCGGGUCAGAUGAUGCACUGCAGCGCGCAGGCCGAGGACACGCCGGUCAGCGUGUCGCUACGGUUACGGGCGGCGGGCCGCGUGGCGUACGGCCGGAGCGUGGAGCUGGUGCUGGCCGCCGCCCGCGAGUACUUCAACUCCUCCGCCACGCUACGGGACCCGUGCAUGAACUUGGCACGGUCGUGUCUCUUGCUGAUCACGGACUGUCCAUCUGUCGUGGCUGAAGAGCUGGACCUCAUCAGUGCUCUCUCUCGACUGGAGGACCUCAACGUCAAAGUCCUCCCCCUGCAAGUCCGUCUCCGUGAGGAUCGUCUGUCCCUGAUAAGGGAGUGUGUAUCCGAAUGUCCCUCUGCUUAUAAGCAGGCCACGACUCUUCUGGAGCUGGCUAGACUGCUGCGAGUGGCAGGUGAUGACGAGGGGACUCGUAAGGGCCAGGUCCUCACACUAUUGGCUGAUCAGGCUCUCCAGGGCGGGGACUUCAAGUUCUCCUACAGCCACUGUCAGGAACUCAUGACCACAGGCUACAGCGGUGGCUGGGAUGUGUGUGCACACCUGGGGGAGUGUGAGGGAUACACUGACCUGCCCGCGCGUCAGAAGCUGAUGGCCUUCUCUCUGACCCACUGCCCUGUGGGCAGCAUCCAGAGCCUCCUAGCUGCCUCCAGCACCCUGGAGACACAGGUGCUGUAUCAGGCUGUGAACUACCAGAAAGACCCGACCCAGUCUGAGGAAGGUUCUGAAGGGACACCAGAGGAAGAGGACUCUGAACAGUCGGCUGACCUGCUGCACAGGACCACGGCGCGCACCAUGCAGGUGCUGACCCAGACCGGGGAGACCACCAGAGCCGUGCUGUCCGUCGUCACCGACAAGCAGUGGUGGAGGGACUCGCUCAACUACCUACGGCCCCUGCAGGGUCACGGGAUGUCCACAGGAGACGCAUCAGCCAAUCACAAUGCCGAUCUGGAGAGGCAGGCCUGCCACCCCUUCUAUGAGUCUCUCUUUGAGAACCCUUAUGUCCAUCCGAGUGAAGAUGUGUACAGCAAUUAUGACUACACGCCCAGUGAGGACUUUGCAGAGGUGCUUCUGAGGACUGGGAAACUGGCUGAGACCCCCAGCGAAGGACAGAACAUCUUCCCUGCCACAGAGGUUCUCCUCCAGCUGGCGUCUGAUGCUUUUCCUCGGGACAUGACACUCGCCCUGGCCUACUUAUUGGCUUUGCCUCAGGUGCUGGAUGCCAACAGCUGUUUUGAGAAGCAGCCUGCGAGUGCCCUGUCGCUGCAGCUGGCGGCCUACUACUACUCCCUACAGAUCUACUCCCGCCUGGCCCCCUGCUUCAAGAACGCCAAGCACCCCCUCUACAGGGCGGACCCGAAGGAGCUGAUUCGUUUGGUGACGCGUCACGUCGGCGAGAAGCAGGACGACGCCGCGGAUUGGCCGGCGGAGGUGGGCGUUCUGAUUGGCCAGCUGCGGGCGUACUCGGAGCGUCUGGCCGACUUCACGCAGGCCCAGGUGCUGCAGGGCCUCGGACGCGGAGUGGACACGCAACGCUUCAGCUCCGACGCCCAGUACAAGAAGGAGACCAUCCUGGGCCUCGCCGAGACACUGGAUGAGAGUGUGUACCACAUCUCCAUCUCGUUGGCUCAGCGCUACAGUGUUCCUCUCUGGGAGGUGUACAUGACACACCUGGAGUUCCUGUUCACCGAUAGUGGGCUGGCCACCAAUGAGAUUGAGAGCCGCUGCGAGACUCUGGGUCUACUGGCCACACUGAAGAGCGAUCCGGAAGAGUUCUAUGCCCACAUGCUCAAGUACGUGUACCCGGCCAUCGCAGGAAGUGACCUCAGCCGACUGCUGCUCUACUAUUCGCUGCUGGAGUCAUGUGACUGCACACAGUAUGUCACCGCGGCGAUGAAGCCCGACACGCACGUCAAACUGCUGAAGAAGCUCAAGGCUGUAGCCAGCGGCCUGGACUACCGCAAGCUCACGGACGAGUCCUCGGACCCUCUGCUCGCCCUGGAGCCCGUGCUGACCAGCCAGAACGUUCUGUCCAUCUCCAAGCUGCUCGGACGCCUCCCGCUGAGGCCAGCCUCCGCGUCAGCGUCGUCCGGCGGUGGCGGAGGGGUCAGCGGCGGCGGCGGUCUCAGCCCCAGCGCGGUGCACGGCGCCUGGCUGCGGAAGCUGUUCUGGCGCGGCGACGUCCAGGUGCUCAAGAAGCCGCCGCAGACGGACGGCGAGUUCCUGCACGCCUACGACACCUGCGCCAAGUACCUGGACCGGCUGCUGCCCGCCGACGCCGUCGCCUUCCUCGACUCCGUCGCCUUCUCGCCCGAGGCCGCCGAUCAGCUCUCGGUGGAGACCCGCUGUGAGAUUAGCAGGCGCGCUCUCAAGUCCCUGCAGACGGCGGCCGAGAAGAGCAGGAAGAAGGGUGGCGACGACGGAGAAGGCCCCGCCUCCUUUGAGACCGCCCUCUCCCACCUCAGCCAAUCAGUGGCCCACCUCGAGACUCUGACCCUGGACUUCCCCCUGUCACUCAAAAACAGCGAUGAAGUGCUUGAGCGGAGCUACAGCCGCCUGUACGACCUCUCGCGCUCUGAAGGUCCGAAGGUCCACCAGCUGGCCGUCACCAUGGCGAUGGACGGCCAGCCUCUAGGGCGCAUCCAGCAGCUGCUCCAGGUCGCCGUGGGAACCUCUGAGCUGUCCGUCAAGGGUGUGAUGCGAGACGCCGUGGAGCGGAUCAUAUUGGCAUUCAGUGGAGAUGAAGAGGUGCUUAAAGACUAUCCAGACCCACUGAAGGUUCUAGAAGGCAUUGUCGCCGCUGUACACGUCCAUGUUGAGAAUGGUGGAGGCUUGGUGAGUUCGGAUGAUGUGUUGGCAUGGUUACGGCCGUUCUGCGGGGAUGACAGCCGCCCAGUGCGUCCACGGAUCGAGGUUCUGAAGGUUCUGGAACAUUCCUUCAGUCUGAGCGAAGAGGACAUCCGGCUACUGGUGUUCUUCCGGAGCCAGGCUGUGCUCAAGGCAGGCUGGCCAGACAGAGAGCUGGAGAUGAAGGACAUAGCGGAUGAACAGACUCGUAUGUCUCUCUUCCUGGAUCUCCUCUCCUCCAGCAGCCAAUGGGCGGAGUUCCAGCACCUCAUGCUCCUCCUCCAGGCGUGGCCUCCCGUAACCGGGGACAACAUGACGGACCCCGAGCGUAAUCCCUGGGUGAGCCUGACCUCUAGUGUCCUCAACCACUCUUCACCUGGGUCAAAGGUCAUCAACAUCGGAGACGAGGUGUUGGCCAUGUGCCGCAGCCUCUACCCCACCAAACACACCCUCCCCCCUCAGUGUAUAAGCCGUGUCUCCACACUGCUCCUGGAUCAGGCCUUGUUGCUGCCCGCCCUGAAGCUGAUGGCUGAGAGUCGAGACGAGCAGCUGCUCUCACAGGUUCUGGAUCAGCUCAAAGCCGUCUCUCAGAUGGACGACACUAAAUGUGACUCGGAGCUGCUGUCUCUGCUGUUGACCGCUGGCCUGCUGAUUGGCUGUGUGGAGACGGCCUACUACCCGCGCCUGGUGUCCCACCUGCUGACCAACCACCAGGAGGGGGGCUGGGACGUGGAGGCGUCCGCCCGGGAGCUCUCCCAGGCCGGCCACACGGCUCAGGCCGGCUCCCUGCUUCUGGCCUACCGUGGGACUCAUCCAGGACAGCUCACCUUCAGCUCUGCACUCUCCGUCAUCCGCCAGUGGCUGUGAGAGAUGGAGGUGUGUGUUUGUGUCUUACACCCAACACAAAACUUGCAUGGAAGCUUUGCCUUUUUGGAAAACACUCUAACACACUAACCCAGUUUAGAUGAAGAUGUCACCGCAGAGCAAAUACAUAGACAGUUUUGUGGAGAGGGGAGGGGGUGCAACUGUGGAAGUGUCACACACACACACAUGGUUUGAUAAAGCCGGCUAGGUGUGUGUGUACACCUGAUUUCCUGUGUGUGUGUGUGUGUGCGUGUGCGUGUGUGCGCACGCAUGUGUGAGUGUGUAAGAUUGAGACCGCCAUAGUGAGAAAGGGAAAUACUGACUGAAAGAAAUAUUAAACCUCAAGUGUCAUGAUUACAAUCCACCUCAAUCUAUCAUUAAUUAUAUUAAUAAAUAAUCAUGUUCUUAGUAUGUUUUUUCUAUUGUUGUCUUUUUUUGUAUGCUUCUGAGACAAACAGGAUCUAGUUCAAAUGAACAAAAGUCUUUUGGGAUGUUUGACAUAAUUGUGGGUUUAACUAAAGAGAACGUUUUUGUCAUUAAUCAAGAUAGGAAGUUUGGCCAUAUUUGUUUAUUUUAUUGUUGACAUUGUAGACUUUAUGAUAUGUUUGAGUAUCUGCUUCAGUUCUCAGCCUUUUUGGUGUGAUGAAUGGUUCCUAUGUAGAUGAUCUUGUCUUGGUUUGAAUAAAGUUCAGAAUAAAGUUGGUGGGGAACAA